AUUUAUUUAUUUAUUUAUUUUUGUUUAAUAAAAUUGUAUCUCUGAUUUUUCUCUAUUCUUUGUGACAGCGUAAUGGGAACAUAAGAAACAGUUAAUGGUCUUGAGAAAUCCAUGGCAUCUCUUUGCUUGAACUCAUUAGUACCAAUCCCACCUUCUUCUCAUCCUCGCAAACUCACUCUUUCUUCUUCUUCUUCUUUGCUUCUUGAUAACAACAACAAUAAUAAUCAUAGCAGCAUUAGAACUUCAACUACCUUGAAACCUAUUGUUGUUACUGGAAACCCACCAACUUAUGUUUCCGCUCCUGGUCGCACAAUUCUCGCUGUUGGAGAUCUACAUGGAGAUCUUAAGCAAGCUAGAUCUGCACUUGAAAUGGCUGGUGUGUUGAGCUCCGAUGGUCGAGACUUGUGGACUGGUGGAGAAUCUGUGUUGAUUCAACUUGGAGACAUAUUAGAUCGAGGUGAAGAUGAAAUUGCUAUCUUGUCUUUGCUGCGAUCAUUGGAUAAACAGGCAAAAGCAAAAGGUGGAGCUGUGUUUCAGGUAAAUGGUAACCAUGAGACCAUGAACGUGGAAGGCGAUUUCAGAUAUGUUGAGUCUGGGGGAUUUGAUGAAUGUAGUGAUUUCUUGGAAUAUAUCAAUAACUCUGAAGAUGACUGGGAAGAAACAUUUACUGGUUGGGUUGAUGUAUCUGAAAGGUUGAAAGAAGAUAGAAAAAUGUCGACAAAUCAUUGGGGACCUUGGAAUUUAGUGAAGAGGCAAAAGGGAGUCAUUGCUAGAUCAAUCCUCUUUCGGCCUGGUGGGCUACUGGCAAGCGAGCUUUCAAGGCAUGCUGUUGUGCUUAAGGUUAACGACUGGGUCUUCUGUCAUGGCGGCCUUCUACCUCACCAUGUUGCAUAUGGCUUAGAGCGGUUAAACAAAGAAGUGUCUGAGUGGAUGAGAGAUCCAAAUACGAAUGACAGUAAUCUCAAAAUCCCUUUCAUUGCAACAAGGGGUUACGACAGUAUUGUUUGGAAUCGAUUAUAUUCAAGAGACUCGCCCGAUUUGGUGGACUAUGAUGCUAAAGAGGUAUGUUCCAUUCUUGAGGAAACACUGCAAGCAAUUGGUGCUAAGGCGAUGGUGGUCGGGCAUACUCCUCAAACUAUCGGUGUAAAUUGUAAAUACAAUUGUAGCAUAUGGCGCGUCGAUGUUGGAAUGUCCAGUGGAGUCCUUAAUUCAAGACCAGAGGUUCUAGAAAUUAUAGACAAUAAAGCAAGAGUUAUAAGGAGCGAAAGGGACAGAUACAGUGAACUCGAGGCUGCUGCAUAUACUUAAGAACAAACAAAUGAUAUAACAGAAUUGAAGGCUUACAGCUAGUAAAGUCCAACUUUGCCAAAUUUAUUGGAUACACAUUGAUUUAUUAUAGUAACUUAUUAGUUGUUUGCUUCAUAUACAACUUGUGAAGACUCCAGCAGUGGACCCAUUUUGGCAGUUCAAAGGGUUUUGUAUCAUAUAAUUUUUGGUGAUACAAUUUGAAGCCAAAGUUUUAUUUUUUACAGUUAAAUUUAGCCUGCUAAUGACUUGAAAGCAAAGUGAAAAUAGGAUGUACAAGAAUAAAGGUGGGGAAAUAGGAAAUAAAGUGGGGAGGGUAAAUAAUCAAAAUAUUGUACUUCUUAAUUUAUUAUAUUUAUCACAAAACAUUGACUAGUCCCAACCUUAAUUGCUC